CGCUAUCAGGAUUGAACAAUUCACAUACUACGACAUCCAUCUCCAUAUCGAUCAUCGCAUUCCACGGACAUUCUUCCGGCGACCGACAACGGACACCCACGACCUUCUCCCAGGACCGAGCUCACAGCACACACGAUCGCCACACACCGCCGAAGCGAACGAGCACGUCUGGCAGUAUAGAGUCUGUGCCGCAGGACGGAGUGUCGAAAAGAGCUGUUGCAUAGAUCCGAACGAGAAUAGGGUAGGAAGGAGGAGAUCUUGGGUACACGGAUUCCCUUCCGGCGCCGCCGGGCGCAUCGUUCAAGAUGAGCGACUUGGACAAAGCGAUCGCACAACUGCGAGCAUGCCGUCCGAUACCAGAGGUGCAAGUUCGGGAGCUGUGUUAUAAAGCGAGAGAGCUGUUGAUAGAAGAGGGCAAUGUGGUCAGCGUGGAUGCGCCAGUGACGAUAUGCGGCGACAUCCACGGACAAUUUCACGACUUGAUGGAGCUAUUUCGAGUGGGCGGAGAUGUGCCAGACACGAAUUACCUUUUCAUGGGCGACUUUGUCGAUCGCGGAUUCUACUCGCUGGAAUCCUUCCUCCUUCUUCUUUGCCUUAAAGUGCGAUACCCAGACCGCAUCACAUUGAUUCGUGGAAACCACGAGUCCCGACAGAUCACAACAGUUUACGGCUUUUACGAUGAAUGUUUACGAAAAUACGGCAGUGCGAAUGUGUGGAGAUACUGCUGCGAAGUCUUCGACUACCUCGCCCUCGGCGCCCUAGUGAUGGGCGCAGCAACCGACCUCGACCCGACCGACGCCGCCUUUGCCGACCCAGCCCAAGCAAACCCCGACUCGGAAGACAUCGAAAUAGAAAUUCUCAACGCCCAAGGCCAGAUCAUCAAUCGGUUCCCCCGCGCUCGACCCACGACUUCAACCGAAACCUCCCAACUCUCCAACCCACCCUCCUCCCCUUCCCAACCUCAACAACAACCCACCGGCCCACCCGGCACAGGCGCCACCUCCUCCGCAAAAGGUUCCUCCUCCCACAACCCCGGCGGCGCCGUCCUCUGCGUCCACGGCGGCCUCUCCCCCCUCAUCGACUCGAUCGACAAAAUCCGCCUCCUAGACCGCAAACAAGAAGUCCCCCACGAAGGCGCCAUGUGCGACCUCCUCUGGUCCGACCCCGACGACAUCGACGGCUGGGGCCUCUCACCCCGCGGCGCGGGCUUCCUCUUCGGCGCCGACAUCGUCAAAUGCUUCAACCACAAAAAUGACCUCUCGCUCAUCUGUCGCGCGCAUCAACUCGUCAUGGAAGGGUUUAAGGAAAUGUUCGAUUCGACGAUUGUGACCGUCUGGAGCGCGCCGAAUUAUUGUUAUCGGUGUGGGAAUGUGGCGGCCAUACUGGAGUUGGGAGAGGAUGGGGCGAAUGCGGGGUAUGCGGGACGGGGCAAUGGGGAUGUUGGGAGGAGUUUGGGGUUGGGGGAGAGGAAUACCGCGGGGGUGGAGCAGAAGAUGGGGCCCGGGAGGAGGUAUAGGGUUUUUGACGCGGCGCCGCAGGAUAGUCGCGGGAUGCCGGCGAAGAAGCCGGUGGCGGAUUACUUUUUGUGA